UCCUCUAAUUAUUGGUUCCGACAACGAUUCUUUUAAGUCACGGGCGGCGCCGCCGCCUCCUCAGAAACCCUAAUUUUGACAGAAUCUUAAUGAGAAAAUCGCCUCCGGUGAUUGGCCCUUCUUUCGAUGGAAUUGGGGGCAUUUUCCAACUCUAGUUUCUGCAGUUGCAAAGGCUGGAAAGAGAAAUCGCCAUUUUUGGGGGUUUGAAACAUGUGCCGGACCAUUAGAUCUAGUUUUUUGUGUGGUGUUCUCUCAGAUGGUGGUGAUGAGAGGGGGGUAUAGUAGAAGGCUGGUUCAGAGGCUGAGGCAGGCCUUGAUCGGCCUGGGAUCAGUUAGGGUUAAGCUUUUGCUUCCAUGUUUCGUUUUGUUCAUGCUGGUUGUGGUCGCAGGUAGGGCUGCUAAUUUCAUGGGAUGGAGACACAAGCCUUUGAAGCAGGGAUCUUUGCCUCUAGGGAAAGGAUACACCAUUUUGAUCAAUACAUGGAAGAGAAAUGACCUUUUGAAGCAAUCUGUGGAACACUAUUCAUCCUGUAGUGGUCUUCAUUCUAUACACAUAGUUUGGAGUGAACCUGAUCCCCCGACAGAUUCCCUUCGGGGUUUUCUGCACCAUGUUUUGCAGUUGAAAUCGAUAAAUGGAAGAGAAGUUGAUUUGCAUUUUGACAUUAAUCAAGAGGACAGCCUGAAUAAUAGGUUCAAAGUCAUUAAAGAUUUAGAGACGGAUGCUAUUUUCUCAAUUGAUGAUGAUGUUGUCUUCCCAUGCCCCACAGUGGAGUUUGCUUAUAGCGUAUGGCAAAGUGCACCUGAUACCAUGGUGGGGUUUGUACCUCGCAUGCAUUGGUUGGAUAAAACAAAAGAAGAUGAAAUGUAUUAUGCGUAUGGGGGUUGGUGGUCUGUUUGGUGGAUGGGUACAUACAGCAUGGUCCUUUCCAAGGCAGCUUUUUUCCAUAGAAAGUAUCUUGAUAUGUACACAAAUCAGAUGCCAGCUUCCAUUCGGGAUUAUGUAACCCGAAACAGGAAUUGUGAAGAUAUUGCAAUGUCUUUCCUUGUUGCAAAUGCUACUGGUGCUCCUCCUAUAUGGGUGCAAGGUAAGAUAUUUGAGAUCGGGUCCACUGGGAUUAGCAGCUUGCAAGGGCAUAGCGAGCGAAGAUCUCAAUGUGUCAACCGAUUUGUCAUCGAGUACGGACAUAUGCCCUUGGUAGAGAGUAGUGUGAAGGCUGUCGAUAGCCGCCGAAGAUGGUUUUGGUAAACAUUCACAUUUUCCAGGGUAGUUAUUAAUUAAGAGUGAGCGAGGGGGCAUUUUCCAGUUUUUCUACGUGCCCUUGUAUCAUAAAUUGUCAAAUUAUGUAUUCCUAUUAUAGUCAUUCAUAUUGGGUUUGAAGCCAUUUAGCAAGUUA